UCCGAACUUAAUGUCAGAACACACAGGGAAAUGCUAUCUGUACAAAUGUUUGCUUUCGCCGGUCAUACAGCAGUAUACUAGAUACAGAUAUCGGGUAAUCUCUGUGUGGUAAGUUGGAUAGUCAGAUAAAGCCCCCCAAAUGCGCAUUCCACUAGACAGCUUGGCGAUGCGACCCCUUGGUGAAUUAUAAUUUCGGAGGUGUUCGAGUGUGGAUGAGUUAAGCCCGGCCAGGGAUCAUCAAUCAUUUAAUAAUACAUGCACGACUCAUCGCCAACGCUAAAAACCAAGAGCAACUAACUAAAAACCCAAAAAUAAAAACAAAAGCGAUCCAAAAGCGUAAAAAAAUCCCCCUACGCUUGAGCGGUACAAAAAUCCACCAAAUAUGAAUAUAAAUGCGAGCUUAGCACUGGCAGAACAGUAGGAAAAUUUAAUAAAACUUGGAAACAGGAGGGCGAGAACUGCUGCUUUGUCUGCAACUCGAUGCCACACCAUUCACUUUUCGUUAUUAAUAUAUUUUUUCGGUUAAAAUUAUGCUAAUCCGUUGAAAUAUGAUUAUGCCGAAUGACAACGGCGUGACGGGGGCGGAGGGGGCGUGGUUGGUCUGGCGGAUCGGUCGCAUAUAUGUCGGCAGGUGUGCCCAUUAAAACGAGGGCUUGUGCAUAAUUUGAUUGCCUUUCGCAGCUAAUUUCGUUUACUGGGAAACCCGAGCACCGCGGAGCACUCUCGUCUAAUUAAAUACAUGACGGAAAUUUUCAUAUUAAAUCAUUUGCGAGUUCUUCUCCCAGGGCUGAAGUGAAACUUUUUCAAUUAAAGAAAAGUCGACCUUCAAAGCAAACAAAUUUCGAAAAUGAAAUUGUAGGCGAAAAAGUAAUUUAAUUAGCUUAACCCAAAUAGGAAUAAACAAAACGAAACCGAAUCAGAGAAAAGUCCUCCGAGUCGAAAUCGAAAGGGUUCCCGGCCAGCUCUCGUCGCGUGCUUUCAUUUUGGCCGAGAAAGUUUCACUUCUUUGACGGUGACAGUCGCCAAACUUGGAGGCGCCAAAAGCAAAAGCAAAAGCCAGAGCAGAGCUGGCAAUAAGAAACGGUGGCCUAAAAGCUAUGCAAAUUGGAACUGGAACUUGUGGCGAGUCGGCCAAGUGUUGACUUCCGUCAUCUGCAAAUGAAUUUUUUAAAAUUCCAAGAAAUUUUAGUGCAAGAGUCAGUGAGGUUUAGUAUUUCGGAUUUUGGGAAUAGGAAAUGCAACCGAUUAUCUUUAAAUUUUAGAUAAUAAGAAUCUUAGCGUAAGACCACAUUUUAUAGCCACAACUAGGAAAAAAUGUAUUCUUGGCCAUAUUAGCCAAGAAUAAAGAACUAUACAGUUUUAAUUAUUCAAACUCCAUGUAACUUAGAACAAUAAGUCGAUCGAAUGACCUCGACAGAAUAAUUCAACACCACAUUUCCAGGCAAAUAUUUAAUCUAAAUUCCAAUAGACCAUGUCGGGCAAACUAUUCAAAUUCACCGCUCCUGGUAGGCAUCCAAGUACCACCUGUUUUCACACCAAUCAGAGCAUACUUUAUCUGGUGGACAAUGCAAUUAACCGGAUUCGAAAGCCGCUUAUUGAAUCUUGGUGUCGCAGGCGCAUCGGGGAGUACGAAAAAAAGGAAGUCCCUGUACGGCAGCAAGUUCCAAGGAUCCGAAGGGUUCGCUAUCCGCAAGCUAAGGAAAAUCCCUUCCGUAGGAUCCCCGACUGUCUGCCAGGAAAGGGAGAGGUCCUCGAGCCCACUCGCAUUCAACCGCCGCGGAAUUCCAUGUGGUACUCAGCAAUAAGGUUCUUUAGUAGCUCCACUAUUGAUGGAGACUCUGGUGAACCACCAGAAGAUCGUGAGGGAAAGCUGAUUAAGUUCCCAGUGCGAUCUCGUUCAGAGAAACUGCAAAAAGGAAAGGUUGAAACCUCGGAAAUAGAUUCGGUUACCUUCGGCACAAAAGAACCAUCUCAGUCAGAUCGUUUAUCAGGACUGUCAGAAAAGUCCUCGCUCAAGGAGUUAACCCCAGAGGCUUUGGAUAAAUCGGGAACACAUGGAGAAGAUGAGGAUCUCGAAGAUGUUAUAAUCAGAUCCAUUUCUGAGUCGAUCAACUCAUUUGGUGAAUCAAACGAUCCCUCUGGAAUCCAGUCCCAGCCACCGGAACAAAGCCAAGGUGGAAGUAAUCCGCCGACUGGAAGUAAACCACCUACCAAACCGCCUUCAGGACAUAACGAUCCUUCAAAACCACCGACAAUUAAAACAAACCCACCGGCAAUAGGGAAAAAUACCGGAGCAGGAGGUAAGCCCCCUAUUAAAACGUCCACUGGAGGUAAAGCGCCCACCAAUCCUCCUUCGGGAAGUAACCCUCCCGGGAAAACGCCUGGAGGAAGUAACCCCCCCGGGAAACCGCCUGCAGGAAGUAAGCCCCCCAAUCCUCCUGGUAAGCCACCUGCAGGAAGUAAACCUCCUAGUAAGCCGCCCACAGGAAGCAAUCCUCCCAGUAAACCUCCUGCAGAAAAAAAACCUCCAAGUAAACCGACAGCAGCAAGUAGUCCUCCUAGUAAGCCGCCUGCGGCAAGUAAACCGCCAGCAGGAAAUAAGCCUCCCAGUAAACCUCCCAGUACACCACCUGGUAAACCACCAACCGCAAGUAAACCUCCCAGUAAACCACCCAGUACACCACCUAGUAAACCACCAUCAGCAAGUAAGCCUCCCAGUAAUCCGCCCGCAGGGUCAAAACCACCAACAUCUGGAGGAAAGUCUGGAAAGGAUGCAGGUGGAUCGAGAGUCAUAACCUUGAUGCCUGGCGACGGCAUUGGACCGGAGAUCUCGAUGGCGGUGAUCCAGGUGCUCGAGGCCGCGAAAGCACCUCUAAUCUUUGAGCCCGUGGACGUGACGCCAGUGACCAAUGCCCAGGGUCACACCACAGUGCCCGACCAGGUGAUCGAGAGCAUGAACCGAACGAAGGUGGGUCUGAAAGGACCCCUGAUGACACCAGUGGGUACUGGCUUCCGCUCCCUGAAUCUCACCCUUCGCCAGCUGUUCAAUCUGUACGCCAACAUCCGACCUUGCCGAUCUCUGCCUGGAGUGGAAACCAUUUACGGCGAUGUGGACAUUGUGACCAUUCGGGAGAACACCGAGGGCGAGUAUUCGGGCAUCGAGCACACCCUGGUCAACGGGGUGGUGCAGAGCAUCAAGCUGAUCACCCGGAAGGCCUCGCUCCGAGUGGCCGAAUACGCUUUUCAGUACGCCCUGGACAUGAAUAGGAAAAAGGUUACGGCCGUGGCCGAAUCCCAGGCCAUGAGAAUGUCCGACGGAUUAUUCCUGCGAUGCGUCCGGGAAAUGGCCGCCAAAUACAAGAGCAAAAUGGACCAGGCGGGCAUUGUCUACGAAGAGUCUACCAUGACCACGGUUUGCCUGAAUAUCGUCCAGAAUCCCAAGCGAUACGAUAUGCUGGUGCUUCCCAACUUAUACGGAGAUAUCAUAUCGGAUACUUGUGCCGGAUUGAUAGGUGGUUUGGGUCUGACGCCCUCGGGAAAUGUGGGCACCCAAGGCGCCAUUUUUGAGUCGGUGCAUGGAACUGCUCCGGAUAUUGCUGGCAAGGAUUUGGCCAAUCCCACGGCCCUGCUACUGUCCUCUGUGAUGAUGCUGCACUACAUCGGAAUGCACGAGCACGCGGACAAUAUAGAACAGGCCGUGUUGAAGACCAUCAAGGAUGACAACAUCCGCACCAUGGACUUGGGCGGCACGGCCAAGUGCUCCGAUUACACCAGCGCUCUAAUCAAGAACCUUAAGUAAUCCAAUUCAAUCCUAAUUAAAUUAUUCUUGUCUUUAAUUUUGGCGCUUAUUGUUAAAUUCAAAGAUCAAAUUUUCGUUUAAAUACCCUUGAGGUCUUUUGUUAAAUAAUAAAUAGUUAAAGAACCUGGCUAUUAGAUCUCUGCCAUA